AAAUCCUAUCCACCCCUCUCUCUCUCUCUCUCUCUCUCUCUGGAUCUCUCUAGAAGUAGCAGCGGGCGAGAUGUGCGGUGGGGCGAUCAUCUCCGACCACGAGCCGGACCAAGGCCGCCGGAAAGUGACGGCAUCGCACGAGCUCUGGGCGGAGCUCUUCUUGGGUCUUGACGGCCAUGGUGGCAAGGAGCGUUUAACCGAAUCUGAUCAGAAGGCCGCCCCCGCCGGCGGCAAGCCUAAACAACUAAGCAAAGGAACGAGCGAGGAGGCUCAGGGGAAGAUUCCGAGAACACGGAAGAACGUGUACAGAGGAAUCAGGCAGAGGCCAUGGGGGAAGUGGGCGGCCGAGAUCCGCGACCCACUCAAGGGAGUCCGAGUGUGGCUCGGAACCUUCAACACAGCGGAGGAAGCGGCCCGAGCAUACGACGCCGCGGCCAAGCGCAUCCGCGGCGACAAGGCCAAGCUCAACUUUCCCCAUUCACCGGCUCCGCCGCCAGCCACCCCGCCGCCUGCCAAAAAGCCGUGCGUUGAGCAAGCCCACUUCCCGGGUCGUGGGUACCAACACAAUGAAUCGGGCCAAAACCCGGAGGCGUCUGCUGCAGAGGAAUUGAAGCUGAGGGAGCAAAUUUCCAACUUGGAAUCGUUCCUGGGUCUGGACCAGGAACCGACUCCAUCCGUCGGACCGGGUGAGCCCGACUUGGUUGAUCUCUGGAUGCUGGACGAGCUGCCAGCGACUCAUCACCACCACCACCACCUGGGGUUCUAAAUUAAGAUUUAAGUAAUUUGUGUUUGCGUUUGUGUUAGCGUUUGAACUUAUACUGUGUUAUAUGUGUUCAAUUCAGUAUCAAAACUUUUCGUUCCUCCUUAUGAUCCUAGUCCUAGAUCAUAUAUAUCUAUCUAUUUCGACAUAUAGAUACAACUAUCUAUCUAUGUAUAUAUAUUAUAUAUAUUAUAAAUAAAUAAAUUGGGUCUGUUUGCGUGCAA